UAAUCCUUUCUCCAGCAUGCAACGUUCCCAGCACUUUCAGUAGCAGGUUGCAGGUGACUAAACCUCAGUUGGCAAACUGUUCUGAGAAGCCCAGCUUGUCAGGAUCUGUCUCUUCCGUGGAUGUUGGAUGUUGAAGCCCAGAAGCCCCCCAAUGGGAAGUGGUGGACGCCGCCCUUCGACCCGCGCUUCCCCAACCAGAAUCAGACCCGUAACUGCUACCAGAACUUUCUGGACUACCACCGCUGCGUCAAGACCAUGAGCCGCCGCGGGAAGAGCACGCAGCCCUGCGAGUACUACUUCCGCGUGUACUACUCGCUGUGCCCCAUCAGCUGGGUGAAUCGCUGGAACGAGCAGAUCAGGAAUGGGACUUUCGCAGGCAAAAUCUGACUGCCCGAGUAAGGCUUCCUCCGAGGGAUAUGCCCAGUGACCCCCCACCUCGUCCCACGGAGACCCGGCCUCAGUUACCUCCCCCUUUCCUCCAAUCCCUAAGCCACAAAUAAAGUUAUGUUGUUGAAAA